CAGUCUGUGCUCCCGGAAGCGGAAUCGGGCUGUAUUGUUGUUGUUUUGAAUGGCUGGAGUGAUGAGCAGAGGAGCCACCGCUAAUUCCCUUCAUAUUCUCACAUAGCACCUCCGUCCUCAUGAUGAACUUCGAGGGUUUGGAUCCAGGCCUGGGCGACUAUGCCCCGGGCCUGCACGGGAGCCUGGAGCCCGGCCUGGAUUCCUCCCUCGACCCUGCUCUGCUCCAGGGUGUGGAGCUGGACCCUGACGCCCUGGCCGUGCCUGUGCCCGAGUCCGUGCACCUGCUGGAAGGCAUGUACUCUGAGCUCCACAGCGUGGCUGCAGAAGUCGGCAUUCCUGUGACAGCCACUCACUUUGACCUGCAGGAAGAGCUGCUGUGGAUGGGGAACCACCGGGGACAUGCAAGCUCCUUUUUCGGACCUACCAUGGGUCGCUACUCGUCCUUUCAGGUGCACCUGACCGACGAUAUCCGCCACAUUCAGAGCAUGGACACGGGCGUCCUGUUUCUGACCAAGAGCAACUUGAAGUGCCUUACACGUGGAGGCCUCAUCAUGUUCGACUACCCGAUGGAAGAGGGUGCCGACAUGCACAGCUUGCUGCUCACUGACAACAACACACUGAUCAUGGGAGGCUUACAGAACUACGUUGCUGAGGUGGAUUUAAACACUGUUCAGGAAACACAGAAAUUCACUGUAGAGGUUCCUGGCGUGGCCAUCAUGAGGCAGUCCAAUCGGUUCUUUUUUUGUGGACACACGUCUGGAAAGGUGUCUCUGCGAGAUAUGCGCACCUUUAAAAUGGAGCAUGAAUUUGACGCAUUCUCUGGCAGCCUGUCCGAUUUUGACGUGCAUGGCAACCUGCUGGCGGCGUGUGGGUUCUCGAGUCGGGGUCUAAACGGCUUGUCCUGUGAUCGCUUCCUCAUGGUGUACGACCUGCGCAUGAUGCGGGCCGUGACCCCUCUGCAGGUGCAUGUGGAUCCCCUCUUCCUCCGCUUCAUCCCCACCUACACCUCCCGCCUGGCCAUCAUCUCCCAGACAGGGCAGUGCCAGUUCUGCGAGCCCACUGGUCUGGCCAGUCUGGCUGAUAUCUUCCAUGUUAACACGGUGGGUCAGCUUGUUAUGAGCUUCGACGUUUCCUCCAGCAAGCAGGCGCUGGCGUUUGGUGACUCGGGAGGAGGCGUUCAUCUCUGGUCCAGCGCCCCAGAAGUGUCCUACAAUGACUAUUCCAGAGAGACAGAACUGGCUCUGACCUGCCUGGUGGACUCUUUACCACAUCUGGACUGGAACAACGAGCUGGUGCCUCUGUCCCUGCUGCCCAUGCCCCUCACCAACACAGAGCCUCUGCUCUCAGACUGGCCCAGCAACCUUGUUGCUCCCAGCCCCAGACGAGCACCACCCGUGGACCCAGAGAUUCUAAGGACAAUGAAGACAGUAGGAUUUAUUGGAUAUGCCCCUAACCCUCGCACUCGUCCCAGAAAUCAGGUCCCCUAUAAGAUAAAGGAGGUGGAGCUGGAGUAUGACAGCUAUAACCAAGUCCCUGAGUCUCCAAUCGGUCGAGAUGAGGAGCCUCAUCUUUACAUGGUGCCAAAGAAGUUCAGAAAGGUCACCAUCAAAUACUCCAAACUGGGACUGGAAGAUUUUGACUUUAAACACUACAACAGGACUUUAUUCGCUGGACUGGAGCCUCACAUACCCAAUGCUUACUGUAACUGCAUGAUCCAGGUGCUGUAUUUCCUGGAGCCAAUCAGGUGCCUGGUGCAGAACCACUUGUGCCAGAAGGAGUUCUGUUUGGCCUGUGAGCUUGGAUUCCUCUUUCACAUGCUGGAUCUGAGCAGAGGAGACCCCUGCCAGGCCAGUAAUUUUCUCCGAGCCUUCAGGACCAUCCCUGAGGCCUCGGCACUGGGACUGAUUUUAGCAGACUCGGAUGAGCAGACAGGGAAGGCCAGACUAGGUCGUCUGAUCCAGAGCUGGAACCGCUUCAUCCUCACACAACUACACCAGGAGACCCAGGAGCAGGAGGGUCCUCAGGCCUACAGAGGAGCCAGCAGCAGUUCCCUGGGCUCAUCAGGGGAGUCUGUGAUUGGCCGGCUGUUUGGCUGUGAAGUGGAGAACAGCAGUCUGUGUCGCUGUGGGAAAGAGACAGUGCGAUCUUCUCUCACUCUGCUCUUCACCAUGCACUACCCUGAGCAGAGCUCUGCUGAUAAGGUCCAGGAGUAUGAAUUUACUGAGAUCCUGAAGAACAGCAUCUGUCUGGAGCAGAGCACUCAGGCCUGGUGUGAAAACUGUGAGAAAUAUCAACCAACAGUGCAGACCCGAAACAUCCGCUGUUUGCCAGACGUCCUGGUAAUAAACUGUGAGGUGAACAGCGUUAAAGAGGCAGAAUUCUGGAAGGCUCAAGCAGAGUAUGCCUUCAACAAGGCCCUGAAGAAGGAGGCAGCAGAGCCCCCAAAACCUAAGGAGCCAAUGCCAACAGAGUGGUGUAUAGAGGAUGAGCUGUGCAAUGUGGAGGGCCUGACCUUUGACACUCGUGCAGAGGACCUAAGGCACGUUUGGAUCCCUCUCAGUCUGAAGAUGUGCAUCAGUAAAACUCACGGGCUGGAGGUGUGCUGCUGGCCUGAGGGCGAGGAGUUAAGUGCAGCAGAAGAGGCAGAGGGGGCUGCUGUGUAUGACCUGGUGGUCACUGUGCCACACAUCCUUGAUGCCCGCACAGGGGGAAACCUGGUAGCCCAUAUUAAAGUAGGGGAAACUUAUCAUCAGAGGAAAGAGGGAGUAACACAUCAGCAGUGGUAUCUCUUUAAUGACUUCUUGAUUGAGCCCAUAGAUAAGACUGAAGCAGCUCAGUUUGACGUGAGCUGGAAGGUUCCUGCCAUCAUUUACUAUGCCAAAAGGAACUACCACUCCAGAUAUGACCUUCGCAUUAAAAACCCUAUUGAAGCCAGUGUGCUGCUGACCGAAGCCUCUCUGGCUAGAAAACAGAGGAAAAGUCACGCCACCUUCAUCCCUCUCAUGGUUAGUGAAAUGCCACAGGCCGGAGACCUCGUGGGACUGGACGCAGAGUUUGUCACGCUGAACCAGGAAGAGGCUGAGCUGCGGAGUGACGGCACCAAGUCCACCAUUAAGCCCAGUCAGAUGUCUGUGGCUCGCAUUACAUGUGUGAGGGGACAGGGGCCCAAUGAAGGAGUUCCUUUCAUUGAUGACUACAUCUCAACACAGGAGCAGGUUGUUGACUAUCUGACACAGUAUUCGGGCAUCAAACCUGGGGACCUGGAUGCCAAGAUUUCCUCAAAGCACUUAACCACUCUAAAGUCCACUUAUCUCAAACUCCGCUUCCUAAUAGACACCGGGGUCCGCUUCGUCGGCCAUGGGUUACAAAAGGAUUUCCGGGUCAUUAACUUGUUGGUGCUGAAGGACCAGGUGAUAGACACAGUGUACCUUUUCCACAUGCCCAGGAAAAGAAUGAUCUCCUUGCGUUUUCUUGCAUGGUACUUCCUCGAAUUAAACAUUCAGGGCGAGACCCACGACAGUAUAGAGGACGCUCGCACGGCCCUGCAGCUGUACAGGAAGUACUUGGAUCUGAGUCGUGGGGGACAGGAUGAGUUCAGGAAGGUGCUCAAAGGAUUGUAUGAAAAGGGACGUAAACUGGACUGGAAAGUGCCUGAUGCCGAUACUGGUGACGGACAGGGAAGCCCAAAAGGUACUGCUGUGUUCCCUUCAGUACUAGGCCUGUAAUCAAAGUGAACCCUAUCUGGCAACUGCAACAUUCCUACCAAAGGGACUUCUAUUCUUUACUCACCCAUCCAGGAUAUCUCAGCAUCACUGACAAGAGUGUUAAUCACAAAGUUCUUUGUCAAGCUGUUACAAACAUUGAAUAUUGUUGGGAAAGGUGAUCCUGCUUUUGAGAGAAAUGCUUUAAAAUGAUGAGUUUUUCUCCAAUACAGAGGAGUACCUUUGAAAUGAACUAAUAAAUAUAGAUUUUUCAAGCAGAAAUUCAAAGCAGAAUUGAAACCAAAUCAAAAAAAUGCCAAGCAUCAGUAUUUUACUUGCAUUUCUUUCUGAGUUUUGCAUAUUGACCACCCAUUAGGCCUACACUGUAUAUAUCUGCUUUUUGUUAUACACCACUUUAAUGCUAUGGUGUAUGGAAUGGUGCAGUCAUUUUCAGUGGGCUCUGUAUUUUUUUAAAAGUGUUCCCAAAGAAGCUUAAAACAACUACUUGGACUAUAUUUCCAACAAACAUUAUUGCCAAUAUUUUGAAACUGGGUCUUACCCACAACAUGAUGUUGAAUGGUCCAGUUUGAAGAUGAUAUCAGUGUGUAUUCAAAUGCAUUAGAUGCAUAUUUUUUUUGAGUGACUUUUAAAAAAAUAAACAAGCUAAUUGUUCAGUCACUGUAGCAUCACAGAAAAACAUUUGGUGUAUGCGUAAAUCUGGAACAUAUUUAGGAUGAGACAGUUCUGCAUUAGCUUUUCAUACUGACAUGCCUGCCGAACCUGACAUUUCACUUACUGAAAGGUAUUGGCGGACAGACCAGGUAGGUAAAAGGAAAUGAAGUGUGUUGAAAUUUUUUGACUGUUUUUGUAACUUUAAUGUACACUUUGAUAUUGAGGCAGCUGAAUAAAAUAUUUGACUGUA